AUGUCGACCUCAUCCAUUCAAUACCUCAUAUUCAUCCGCUCACUUUUACACGCUACACCUACCACCACGACCGCUUCGUCAACCAUCACCUCUUUGACUCUUUCUACGAGGGACUUUAGUCCUGUCAUCAUUUGUCGGGGAGGUCAAAGGGUUGCCGUUCCAAAGUUCAUCUUUAGAGACGCUGACAAUAUCGCCAUCCUAGAGUUGACAUUUGAUAAAAUCCUUCAAUCUUCCUAUAAGACUAAAGGACUCAGAGGGCACGAGGGCACCAUAGUCUACAUUCCCCUCAAAUACUUGCCCAACUUGCUUCCAUAUGUCACAUCUGUCGAAUUCGAUGUACGGAAGGGUUCCCACCCUUUCAUUGGUCUCUUCUUCCUCUUAAUUGUCGCCGUCAUGGUAGUUUCUGUCUCGAAUGGCUACCCCAUUACGCACCUUCCUCUCCAUCUCUUUCAGCUCAUCGUGACAGUCAUGUACCAUAUCUGCCAUCUGGUGGUACUCUGGCUGGUAAAUAGCAUUGAGGCAACCGGAUUAUUCGAUUUGAAUGAAGGCAUUCGAGUUUAA